AUGUCGCUUGGUGAAGGGCACGCCUUGUUAUUUAACAAAGACUGUCAAUGUCCCUCUCACUACCCCGAGUCGCCUUAUAGCUACGGCAGCCUCAGCGCCCCUCCGGGGCAGGGGAAGCCCGCUCCUAGGGCUUCGCCGCCCCCCUCCGCGCCGCCGCCGCCGGCUUCUUCAGCUCCUGCCCGGAAGGGCCAUCAGGUGGCCCCCCAGCCCCUGCUCCAAGGCCACGGCCCACCGCCUCAGCCCCAGCAGCAUCCCUGCGAAGCAGCUCUGGGGGCAGCUUCCGGGGGGAGUCCCAGCUGCCCCCUUUUGCCCGACAAGAGCACGCCCGGCCUCAAAGGGAAGGAGCCGGUGGUGUACCCCUGGAUGAAGAAGAUCCACGUGAGCACGGUCAACCCCAGUUACAAUGGAGGGGAGCCCAAAAGGUCUCGGACUGCCUACACGAGACAACAAGUCCUGGAGCUGGAGAAGGAGUUCCAUUUUAACCGCUACCUGACCAGGAGGCGACGCAUCGAAAUCGCGCACACACUGUGUCUCUCCGAGCGGCAGGUCAAGAUCUGGUUUCAGAACAGGAGGAUGAAGUGGAAGAAGGACCACAAACUGCCCAACACCAAGAUGCGCUCCUCCAACCCUUCUGGUCUCCACCAGCCCACCAAAGCUCCAGCCCAGCAUCACCCACCGCCCCCCAGGAGCAGGGCCACCUCAAACUCAGCUUCACUAUGAUGGCCCGACUCACACAGGGAGGGACACCACCACCCCCGCCUAUUCUCGCCUCUUUUUCCUUUUGGCCGGGGGACGAAGCAAUUGUAUUGAGUGGGGGAAACAGCAGAACAAAAAUCCGUGGGAAAAGAGCACGUGUGUUCAAACCAAAAAGUAUAUAAGCUCUGGACAGUGUUGAUCCUCUGUAAAUAUGUCCUUCUUUUGCCCUCCAUGUUCUUUUUUUUUUUUAAUUUAUGGAAGAUGCCUGCACCAUAUAAUGAGGUGUGGAUGGACCCAAUGCUUAAAAAUCAUCAUUUGUAUAGAUGUUUCAAGGCAACAGAAUGUUGAUAAGUGACUUUGUGAGACAUGUGUAAAUCCUAGGCUUGUGUUGUUUUGUGGAAUGCUUGUUCCAGGACUCUUGGAUAGAGGCAGAAGUAAACUGGUUUGAUUUCACUGAAGUCAUUUGGAAAUUAGGGGAGGGGGACACUCAGCGGCCAACUAGCCUCAUCCCUAACUGGCUGACAGAAGGUGUUUUCCAUGUACCAAGAGUAAUAUUUUUUUUAAGUGUAGUUCUUGCUCCACUUGUGACAUGUUAGUCUCCCUAAUGUUGCAUUUAUUAUUCUUUUUAAGAAAAAUGCACCAAUAUUGCUAUAAAAGCUCAGCCUAUAUUCAUGUCAUGUCACAGUCCAAGUCUAUGAACAAUAUGUGAAUUCUGUAUGUACGCAUUUGUGAAAGUGUGAUGUGUGUGUGUAUGUAUGUGUGUGUGUAUAUAUAUAUAAAUAUAUAAAUAUAAUGUCCAGUGCUGUUAAUAAAGAAUAUUCUGUACACAAAUAAAAUUAAAAGCACUAGACACAUUGCCAGAAGUGUG